CGCCCCCUCGUGCUCUCCGCUGUGACGUCUCCGGCAGGAUGUCGCCAAUAGCCUUCAGUUGUAGAAAUGGCAGCGCUGAGACAGGAGCAUCGGUAUGGUCUCUCCUGUGGCAAAAUCAACAAAAACAACCCCAAGCAGACCCUCUACCACGUCAAACUGACUGACACCGCCAUCAGGACCCUGGAAGCCUACCAGAACCUGAAGGCAUCACUAUCAAAUCAGCCUGCGAUUUGCUUCAAGGGGAGCCAGGGGUACAUAAAGAUCCCUGCACCAUCUCCCGACUCUCCAGACGGAUUCAGAGUCUUCUCGUUUUACCUGUCCAGCGACAGCAAAGACAAGCCUCAGUCCAGCUUUGACUGCAUUCACCAGUAUGUCUCAGGGGAGGGCAGGGAUCACCUGGAGGGCCAGGGCAGCAUUCAGGACAAGAUCACAGUAUGUGCCACAGACGACUCGUACCAGACGACCCGGGCGCGCAUGUCUCAGGUGGAGAAGGACAUCUGGAGCCGCUCGGCAAUCGAGAUAAAGCCGGGGCCAAGCAAGUGUGUGAAGGUCCAGAGGAAGCAGGGUCUGGUAUCAGGCUCAGAUAGCAGCAACAAGCACUCCCCGAGCAACAAGAGGAGCCUGAUUCCCAGCCCUGUGGCACACCGACCCCUGAGGGAUCGAAUCAUUCAUCUCCUGGCCUUAAAGCCCUACAGGAAACCCGAGCUGCUGCUGUGGUUGGAGAGGGAGCGGGCCACUCCGAAGGACAAGGCUGAUCUGACCUCAGUGCUGGACGAGGUUGGGAAGCUGAAUCCUAAAGACCACAGCUACUCUCUGAAGGACGAGCUCUACAGACUCGUCCACAGAGACUGGCCUGGAUAUCUGGAGGAGGAGAAGCAGCUCAUCCACAGGUUGUUAAUCAGGAAACUUCAGCCACUCCACAGUAGCCAGCUGAAGAGUCCCCAGUCCAACCAGUCAUUCCACAAAGCACCUGGGGACUCUCCUUCACGACUCAGUCCUGCCAAGAACCUCUCAGUGAAACGCCCGCUGGCUUUGGACCCAUCCAACACUCAGACCCCUAAAAAACAGAGGUUAUUAGACCAGGGCCUGCCUCAGCAGUCGCCCUCUCGCACAGACUGUCACACCAACGAGCCUCGUAACUCCUCCAGCCAUGGAACCUCUGGCGAACAGAUUAGGAUGGAGUUCAACAAAACCAACAGCCAUCUUCAGGGGAGCCCGAACGGCCUGUGCUCGCCGCACAAGCUCAACGGCUCGACCAACGUCCGGAAACCGGACAGAACGGAGCCGGCUCUCACUGCGCCCAGCCCCAAGCCCACCCACAACAGCACGCCCACUCGCACUGACCAGCAGCUCGCCAACGGCCAGCACAAGAAGAAAAAGUCCAAGAAACACAAAGACAAGGAACGGGAGCGCUUAAAACCGGACUGGAUAGAGACGAGUCCGGACCUGAAGCAGAAUCAGGAAAAUCUCAAAGGCCACGAGGGAGAGAAAACACCUGUUAAUCGAACCGCGGCAGAGGAAUUACCCGACUAUCUGAUAAAAUACUGCACCAUCACAGCACUGGAGCAGCGGCAAAAAUAUAAUGAGGACUUCUGUGCCGAGUAUGACGAAUACCGAGCUCUUCAUGACCGGAUCGGGGCCAUUACGGAGAUGUUUGUUCAGUUGGGCUCAAAGAUCAACACUCUCUCCCCGGGAACACAAGAGUACAAGCUCAUGGAGGACCAAAUACUACAGAAGUAUCGCAAAUAUAAGAAAAAGUUCCCUGGGUACCGGGAAGAGAAGAAGCGAUGCGAGUACCUUCACAAGAAACUGUCGCAUAUCAAAGGCCUGAUCGCGGAUUACGACAGAGCGCAGGAACUCUCCUAGUGAACGGCUCCCGCUGCUCGGCGGGUUGUGCGAGGCGACUUGGACCAAAAGACUCAUAUCGGGACCCGAAAGACUGCCCAGCUGGGUCCCGGGCGUUGCGGAAGACACUAUUCACUUUACUCCUCAGAGUGUUAAUGAAUACGAGGAGCAAGGUUCUUUUUUCAAAAGUGGGCUGAGACCACCGACUCGUGAUCAAAUGUUACCCUUUAAAGGUUUUCAGCUGUGAUUAUCGCUGCGCUGGCUGGAUUCUGUUCUGCUGUAAAAUGGUCAGACGACACAGUGAACGCCAACAGAUGUGAUCCUUCCUGCCUAAUUCUAUUUUAUUAUGCCCCUUUUCUCCUCAGAACUAAAAACAAAAAGAAAAAAAAGAAGUAUUAAAGUGAUGGUACAAUCAAACUUAGGGGUAAACUAACACUACUAAAGUCUAUUUAAUUACAGAAGAUUUUUUUUUUUGUUUUUGCUGUUUGCUAAUGGAAAGUUGAAUAUUGACAUUCAGUGAUAAAAAUAACUCAAAAAAGAAAAAUCAUCUUGAAAUUAAUAAUGUAAAUGCCAGGGGCAACUUUCCUGUCUUCAGAGAGUAUGGAUUAUUUAAUUCAGGGUUUUCAGACUCAAUUUAGUGUUAAUCCAUUAAAAAUACCUGUAUUUCUGAACCACUCUGAUUUAUGGUUUACAGGUGCAUCUCCAAAAAUUAAUUAAUUAUAUACAUAUAUAAUUAUUAAUGCGAGAUGCACCUGUAGACCUCCUGAUACACGAGACACAUUCAGUUUUAUUUUUUAAUUAUUAUUUCAAAUCAGAAUGAUUAGUUAGGACUUUAUUUCUGUGCCGUCUCAUAAGGGUUUUUCUUCCCCUCAUUCUUACGUCCUCUUUCAUUUCCACAAAGCGUCUGAAUGCCACAGAAUGACUGUCGUCUGUACUGUAACUCCGCUGUCAGGAUAGUGCUUGUACACACGGUCACUUUCACCCACAUGUAGCCUACACUACCAUGAACUGCCUUUCGAUUAUGUAAUGACACACACACACACACACACACACAAAUAAUCACAUGACCAACUCACAUCUCUUAAGUUACAGGUUUCUGCUCCUCACAUGCUGUUUUACAAGUUCAGUUCCUCACUCUUUACACAACAAGCUCCCGGGAUGUUUGAUCCUGGAAAAUCGCUUUAUUUAUUUUUUUAAAUUCCCUCUAAUGUUACGUUUGUAGGAUGAUUUUGUUUUUUUUUUUAAAUGUGGGAUUUGAUUGAAAAACAAUUAGUGCGUGGUACAUUGUUCAUGUUCUACUGAAUGUGAUAGAGAUGCCUUUGACAUAUUGAACCGUGUAAUUCUUAGUUCCAAUGUUAACGCGGUCUCUCUGCUAUCUCACUGAGCAGCGACACUGAAAAAAAAAAACAUGGCAGAAACAUAUUUUGGAUCAAGAUUUGCAGGACAGUUUCUCUUUUCUGACACGUCCUAAUUCACUGAAACUAAACAGAUGACAUGAGAAAGUUUGGAGAUUUCCAGAUAUCCAGGGUUUCUCUGUUGAACCAAGGAGAAGAUCCUCUUUCGAGGCUCCUGUUAGUUUCUUAAUUCACUAUAAACAUUAAACUAUUUGUACCAGAACCGUGUUAACGCGUUAACAUUCAUUCACCGUGGCCCGUAGUGCAGUUCAGCCAUCAGAUUUCAAACUUCUCUGUGUUUUCAUCUUAAAAAUGGCUGAAGACGAGAGAACCGAGCUCACCUUUGCCUUGAUGUGUACUGUAUGUCAGACAUUUCCAUAACUUUGGUACUCCCAGUUCUGGAAGCUUCUUGGCUGUUCUUGCACACUUUGAUACACUCUGAUUAUUUCUGUAAAUGUCUUUAGUUUGAAGAAAAGCUCAGUUACUGGAUAGUUGUCGUGCAGCAGUUGUCUUAUCCGUGUUGUUGUUGGUUCUUUUUGUUUUUUUCAGUUUUGCUUUUUGUUUUUUUGUCAUCAGCCGUCAUUCCUGCAGAGGGAUAAACAUCCUGUCCACCACUAUUAGUAGAAUCUCUGCAGAAAUCUACACAAAUCAAUGUGCUUUGCUCCUCAUUUAAAUGCAUUUAUUGUCACAUAUUUAGCAGCUCUUCUACAAUCUUUUUUUUUUGGCUUUGUUAUGUUUGAAGGAUUCAAGACUAGCAAUCAUUGUUUCACCCUGGCACAUGUCCAGUGUCUCAGUCAUAUUUAUCACAGGACCAGACUUCUUAUUCUCAUAAUGCUCUCGUCUCCUGUUUGCAUCCCCGACAUGACUGGAUCAACCUGACUGCAAACAUCUGUCUGAUUUGUAUUAUUAUUAUUAUUAUUUUCAACUGGAAACAAGCAGCUUUUUUGCUCUGGCUACAUUAAAAGCAAGAGCACUGACCUGAUAUAAAUACAAGUCAUCAUCAAUUUAUACAUAGAAGUACUGAAGCGUUUUCAUCACAACAAAAAUAUCAUUCAGAGAUGAAGAUCUUUAAAGUCAAGUGCUUCCCAUUGACCAUGACAGGAGUCCUUUUAAAUUUUAUCAUAAUGUGAUCAAAUAUCAUUGGAGGCAUUUUUUUGGAGAAAAUAUCAGUCUGACUACGGUGCGAUGAAAACAUUUCACUUAUUUUUUUUUCUGAAUCAAACCCUUUAUGAAUAGAUAGGACUUUUAAAGAGCUGUCUUUUUUUUUUUUAAUUGUUGGAGGAGCCAACUACUGGAUGUGCCUUCUCAUUCAGAAAGCAGAUCGACUCUGCAGGAAACUAUUAUUGGUAUUCUGGAAAAUAACUUGUGCCAGCAGUAUUUACACGUGUAGUAUGACACUGAUGCCACUUUUCCAAGUGCUUUGUCCAUUUUUCUUUUUUCUUUUGACAACGUUUCUGUCAGAUGCCUUGUGAAACGCAGAAAUUAACGUUGGCACCAAAUAAUUCAAGAAAACAUUUCCAAUUCAAGCAACACAAAUGCUAAAGCUUUUUUUUUUUUUUUUUUUUUUUCCCCCCCCUCACAGGACGUGACUUGCGUGUUCAAAAUAAUAGCCUGGAUGUGUUUGAUUGUAGCUGCCCAACUAUUUUAUUUUCAAAGUGCAUAAUGUGCUCAAUUGGUUGAACGGUACUGGAAAACAAUGCAUCAAUGGAAAUGUGAACCGAGACCAUGUCUGCUCUAAAUCACUGCAUUUGAGCUACCUAAGAGAACAAAAAUUAUUUAUUGCUUCGUAUGUUAUUUUAUGGGAUUCGUUGUUGCAGAGUUUUGUUCCUUCGUUUCACAGCAAAAAUCCAGACUAUGGUGAAAGGGAAAUCGAGUAUAUUUUUGCAAUUUUUGAUGGUGGAUGCUUUAUCAUGUCAUCCUUUACAGAAAAGCUUUCAAAAAAACAAAAACA